AUGUAUCAUCACGGCAACUGUGGGAGUCAGAGAGUAAUGGAUAUUGGUGGCCAUUCUAGGCCCAAAAAUGUAAACAGAGAUGUCGAGGAAGGGAAGGGACAAGUCAGAAAUGGACCAGUUGAAGGUGAGAAUAGAGUGGAAACUGGACGCGAAAUUGAUAAACCUUUCCAUUCCAAGGCAGAAGAGGGCAGCAGCACCGAUGAUGUAACCAAUGUAUCAGAGAAAGAGUUGUGGGUAGAGGCUGGAGUUGGACUGGAACAAGGAAAGUUCCAUAUACCCCACAAAGAUAACUUUGGCCCAUCCAGGUGGCCUAAUGGAGAGGAGCACCCAAUAGCGCAUGCAUCCAGGACUUUAGUUAAUGCAGAGCAUAAGUACGCCCAGAUAGAGAAGGAAGUGCCACAACCUCAACCAUCGCUCCAACAACAACAGCCUCAACCACUGUGCCAUCCAGUGAUCCAACAACAACCUCAACUAGCGCCACAACAACAACCUCAACCAGCGCCACAACAACAACCUCAACAAGUGUUCCAUCUAGUGAUCCAACAACAACCUCAAGCAUUGUCCCAACAACAACCUCAACCAUCGCUCCAACAACAACCUCAACCAUCGCCCCAACGACAACCUCAACCAUCGCCCCAACGACAACCUCAACCAUCGCCCCAACGACAACCUCAACCAUCGCCCCAACGACAACCUCAACCAUCGCCCCAACGACAACCUCAACCAUCGCCCCAACGACAACCUCAACCAUCGCCCCAACGACAACCUCAACCAUCGCCCCAACGACAACCUCAACCAUCGCCCCAACGACAACCUCAACCAUCGCCCCAACGACAACCUCAACCAUCGCCCCAACGACAACCUCAACCAUCGCCCCAACGACAACCUCAACCAUCGCCCCAACGACAACCUCAACCAUCGCCCCAACGACAACCUCAACCAUCGCCCCAACGACAACCUCAACCAUCGCCCCAACGACAACCUCAACCAUCGCCCCAACGACAACCUCAACCAUCGCCCCAACGACAACCUCAACCAUCGCCCCAACGACAACCUCAACCAUCGCCCCAACGACAACCUCAACCAUCGCCCCAACGACAACCUCAACCAUCGCCCCAACGACAACCUCAACCAUCGCCCCAACGACAACCUCAACCAUCCGCCCCAACAACAACCUCAACCAUCACCCCAACAACAACCUCAAUCAUUGCCCCAACAACAACCUCAAACAGCACCCCAACAACAACCACAACCAGCGCCCCAACAACAACCUCAACCAUCGCUCCAACAACAACCUCAACCAUCGCGCCAACAACAACCUCAACUAGCGCCCCAACAACAACCUCAACCAUCGCUCCAACAACAACCUCAACCAUCGCCCCAACAACAACCUCAACCAUCACCCUAACAAUAACCUCAACCUCAAUCAGCACCACAAGCAUGACCUCAUUAAACACACCAGCCAUCAGCAAAACCAUCUCCUUAACCUCUGAUCCCUCCUCCACCCUAACUCCUACCUUUAGUCCCCCUAUCUCUACAUCUGUCAAUACAUCCAGUGAAACAGACAGCUGCCAACCAGGGCUCAAUGACUGUUCAGAUAAUGGAACUUGUAUAAGACAGAAUGCAACUUACGCCUGUCGGUGCAAUGCUGGAUUCAGAGACAUGAACCCCAAUGUUCCUGGAAGAAUAUGUGAAGAUAUCAACGAGUGCCAGAUUGGGAACAACACAUGCUCUGAUUUUGCUGUUUGCAGGAACACCCCGGGGAAUUUCUCAUGUAGUUGCUUCCAGGGAAUUACAGAUAUCAAUCCGGCAAACCCAGGCACACAGUGCAGAGAUCCUAACACAUGUUUCAUAAAUGAGACAGAUAUCUGCGGAUUGUCUAACUGUUUGUCAAUAACAGUCAGCGAGUGCAACAGCCUAAGAGGAUUCAGAAUUAAGGCAACCUUAAGAUCCAGACAGUUCAGUGUUGAGCUAAAUAACCCUGGCAGUGUGGCCUACAAGAACCUAUCAACCGAAAUUACAAAUACGGUUGUACAAACUGUACAAAGUCAACUAAAUGAUGGAAGUUUUAAUAUCAUCAUUGUUGGUUUUCAAAAUGGCAGCGUGAUUGUGAACUUCCUGGCUUUCCUGAGCCUCGACUCAAAUGUCACCACUUCCAACCUGCAAAGUGCAAUUGGAGCUGCAAUCAAAUCAGUUGAUAACCAAAGCUCUGUCAAUGUAACAGCUACCACACAAGUGUCAACUGUGGCCCCAACCCUGUCACAGACAGUGCAGAUCCAGCCAGAAAAUCCUGGAUUCAGAGUGGCAACCAUCAUAUUGGGAGUCCUUGUAGGAUUAGCUCUGCUAAUUAUUGUUGGAAUAAUAGUGGCAGUGAUCUAUGCAAAUAAAUAUUCUGGCACAUAUUCUUUAGGCACGGUGGAUACGCCCUAUAAUUUGCAGCCUCCUGAUAUAUAGUUUGAUGUAUAUUCAUCUUAUUCGAUCAAGGUUUAUUCAGUGUUUCGAAUCCAAUUUUAGAAAUAUGACAAAUUCAGUUUAGUAAAAUAAUACUGUAAAAAUAUACAACAAAUAUUGCAUAAUAUACAGCAUAGGAAAUAAGAACCAGAGUAUGUCAUGCGACCCAGUCGAUAAAAUUAUCGUUGACCUCUUACUUCAAUAGCAUCACCACAAGCCAAUACUUCAAUUUCCAAUCUACUAAUCUCAGUUGUGAGCAUAUUUAAGGAUUGGAUAUCUCCAGGCUAAUGACUUUUAACAAUUUUGAGACUUCUGAGUGAAGUAAACUCUCCUCAUCCAUGUCCUAAAUGGUCAAACAUUUCACAUUUUAAGACUGUAGAUACCUUAUUCUAUUUCAUUUCAAUGAGUUGUCUGUGUGAAUGAGAUCCUGUCGAGUUAGGUUAAUGUUACCCGACUAAUAAGUAAUAAGGCUGUAUUUGUGAAUGUUGGCUCUCCGAUCCACUUUACGCCCAUCCAUUUCCUCAGAAUCUUUUAGAAAUAAAUUGAUGAUGCUCAGAAAUAGAGAUAUAUUUAUGAAUAGAAUUGAAGAUUAUGAAAAGCAUUGCUCAGAGUAACAAGAACUCCUGUUUUUUGAUUCAUCCAUCAUGUGUAUUUUGAAUAAUUCUUUGAACUGUUGAAACAAAAAUGAAAAUUCAUGUAAAUAAAGGAUAAAA